ACACGUUUUUUUUAUUUUAUUUGCGCUUCUCAGACUGCAGGUUUUMGGUCGAAGUUGUUGACAAAAUCUGUGGUAAAUUGUUAAUGACAUUAAUACUUUUCAAAUCGUACAUAUUUAUCUUCUGCUAAAAACGUAGUUUGAAUCUUGGGUCUGUAACCGGAUAUACCCUGAACUUUAACGUGAGUCGAUGAUGUGCGUCACACAAAGCACGGUCUGUCCGUGAAAAGGCGCCAUGUUGAUUUGGAUGRUAGGCCUCGUUUUUAUUAGGGGUGYGGUAAAUAUAYAGCUCUCUUUAAAAGUCGAAGGUGUUUAGAAUUAUUAUUCCAAGAUGUCGGCAGAUGAUUUCCAGACAAAGUAUGCCUCCGUGAUGGAGAGCAUGUUGAAGUCCGCUAUCGCAGAGACCACGAAACUUUUCGAAAACAUGGUUGACGAGCUGAAGGCAGAAAUAUCCCAGAUCAAGAAGGAGAACGCGGACCUAAAAUCGAAGUGUUUCCAGUAUGAAGUCGAGAAGAGCCAGCCGGUUGAUCGCGCUGAAGAAAGUGAUUCUCAGCCGGGGCAAAGCGAUGAUUCUGGGAAAUGCGACUCUGGGAUACAAUGUGAUCUUGUUCCUUACCGCACUGUGUUGGUGGAGGAAUGUCAGCCUUUGGUGGAAUCUCCACAGCAAAACCAAGAGCAACAAAGCACCCAUGACAGUGUGGGCUACACUUGGCAGGACCAUAAUUACGUCAGUAAUGGGUGCAGAGGUCCAAAGAUUGUUCAUGUCAAACAAGAGUCUUCCUUGAAGCAAGAGGAAGAAGAAUCUGAUUUAAUCUCUGAACAAGUCUUGUCUAAAACGGGAGCUUCUGUUAGCGUUGAAUGUGAAGAAUCGAGAAUCAGCAAAGGAUCUUCAGUAGAACAAAUUCCAUCUCAAAAAAGGGAUGCAACUCAGAUGGUCCUGCAACUACCUUGUUUUGGAACAGACAGCAGUCAUGAGGUAGCCCAGAACCAGCCAUCUGGCUUAAAUCAUUCCCUGGUUAUUUCACUUACGGAUGCUUUCAGAGAAGAUAUUAAAGAGGAGAAUGAAGUUUAUCAAAUGACUCCAAAAAUGGGCACAUCCGAAGAUCUCAGAUCUCAAAAACAGCAAUUAGUCCCUGAAGGGUAUCACCUGGACAAGGCAUCAUUACUUGAUGAGCAAACUGAAGGUACUGUGAAACAACAUGGUGAUGUGGCCUGUACAACUAACCAGUUCGCAGAGUCUGAACUGAUCAGAAAAGAAGUAGUUGAUGAAGAAGUAAAAGGUAAUGUAGAAGAUGAUGUUGCUAAUACCAAUCCAGCACGCCGCCGAAGAGGACGCCCCCCCAAAAAACGUAAUGCAAAACAAAAUCUUCCUAAGACUCAAAAAAAAGUUGGUGCUCAAGCAGCAGUAAAUGCCUCUCCAUCAGAACCUUCAGAAGCAUCUGCAAGCGAGGUUUUAGAGACUUGCUCCAGCUUCUCCCCACCAGGCAAAUGGAAUGCAAACACUCCUGCGAUGGAGGAAAAAAGCAAGACACAUUCUUCCCCUCCUAAGCAGCCACCCCUUAAAUCUUCACAGCUUUUCCUAGAAGUGGAAAAAGAGAGAACUGAAGUUCGAGUAUUUAGAGCUUCUUCAGCGAGUAAAACAACAAACCCUCCACAAAGUGAGUCACCACAAGCAUCUUCAGAUCUGCUCAAUGAAAGACAGUCUUCUGUAAGCCUUCAGGAUGCAAUGCUGCUCAUUGAAGCCAUGAAUCAGUCGACCCUUGAGAAUACAUUCUCUCUGACACAAGUCCCAUCACAACCUCAGACACAUGUUCCCCUUGCGGGUCCUACAGAAAGUCUAGCAGUGCAGCAGAGACCACUUGUUAAAAUUCAUCACGCAACAGACACCCUUGAUGUCUCUUCAAAUAUGACAGGUACUGGUUUAUCAAAUGACACAGUGCUUCAAAAUGAAGAAACUGCACCUAAACAACCUCAACUUGUGCCCAUUCUUAACAAUGCUACAUUGCCGGUACUUUCAGCUUUAUCACCAACUGCUGCAACCCAAACAGUUAUACAGUCGCUUCCACUUCCUCGGCUCAAAGUGGGAUCGCCCACUAAUGUACCUCGUACCAUUAUUAUUUUGCCACGGCCUGCUUUGUCUUUUUCAUCUCUUAAUACUUCUGAUGCAUCUAAAACCCAGUCUUCCACAGUUGACGCUACGGCUUCUCAUAUGGUCCUCACAGCUCCACCUUCUCCUGGUUUGGAAUUGUCUUGUGAAAAACCUUCCCAUUCCUUUAAUACUCCAACUACAAUUAAAGUUACCUACAGGAAAUUAGACCCUGUGUCACCUAUACAGUCGACUACCAUUUUAGCUGAUCACCAUUUAAUGAUUUCUGCGAACAAAAAAUUAACCAUUGUUCCAAAAUCAUUCCUUGCAGCAAAACAGGGUAUCGUUGAACAAGAAGCUCCUGUCAGUGACCCUGUACCAGAAGCUACUGUUGGUAACCCUGAACCAGAAACUCCAGUCAAUAUCCUUGAACUAGAAGUUCCCAUUUAUGCCCCUGAAUCAGAAGCUACUGCUGAUAACCCUGAACCAGAAGCUACUGCUGAUAACCCUGAACCAGAAGCUACUGCUGAUAACCCUGAACCAGAAGCUACUGCUGAUAACCCUGAACCAGAAGCUACUGUUAAUACCCUUGAACCAGAAACCCCUGUCGAUGCACUUAAACUAAAAGCUACUGACUCUACCCUUGAACCAGAAACACCAUUUGAUACACUUGAACCAGAAGCUCCCGUUUAUACCCCUGAACCAGACGCUCUUGUCUCUACCCCUGAAUCAGAAGCUCCUGUAAAUACCCUUGAACCCGAAGCUCACGUCGACAUUCCUAAACCCAAAGCUCACGUCGACUCCCCUGAAUCCGAAGCUCACACAAACACUUCUGAACCAGAAGUGUCUGCCCAUGCCUCUGAACCAGAAGGUUUUGUUGACUCACCAGAACCAGAAGCUCACAUAGACACCCCUGAACCCGAAACUCAUUUUGACACCCCUGAAUCUGAAGCUCACGUCGACACCCCUGAACCCGAAGCUCACGCCGACACCCCUGAACCCGAAGCUCACGUCGACACCCCUGAACCCGAAGCUCACGUCGACA